UUUGUCGAUCUAUUUGAGUUUCUAUUGAGCAUUUUCGGAGUUAUAAGUUGGUUUACACUUACACAAUUUAUAAUAUCGAACUGUAUCAAUUCUUGUGUGUCUUUUGAAAUCAUAAGGAAUCUCCUGUUAAUGGUCUUACAAAAUCCCGAAACGGCCAAGCAGAUUCGAGAGAUUCGUCAUCUACAUUUACUAGCAGCUAAAUCGACACUUGGAUUGGACACUUUCUUAUCACCUUCGAUCUUAGGGUUUUAUUGUUUCAUUCUUUUGGAAAACUUCAUGGUUUUUCAGGAUAUUCUACAAAUAAAUGGAAAUCCUUUUCAAAUAGCCAUAAGAGCGUUUAUGUCAAUUGUUACUUUAGUCCAAAUAACUUAUUAUCUUGUUUCCGUUAAUCGACAUGCAAGUUAUUGCUAUCAAAAUGUUUAUUGGUUAUCGUUCAAAAAUUAUUCUAAAGAAGCAAAAAUCGAGAUUAACAUAUUCCUACAACAACUUGGUCCAAGCGAUAUUGGCCUCUCACUCGGUAAAGUUUGUCUAAUUACACCGGAAUUCAUUUCUAAUCUGGCAACAUUGAUGUUAUCCCUUGGAUUAGCAGCACCAGGAUUAAACCGAUCAUGAUUUAAAUAUUAAUAUAUUAAUAUGGAAGAUACUAAUUUGGUUUUACUCACAAUUAGUCAAAAGAGAUGAACUCAUAAGAUAACAAUUGAGCCCUGUUAUUAAUAAUUAAA